CCGUAAACGCGUCUCUCUCUAUAAAGGGAGUGACACUGAUUGGCCAGAGGAAAGUAAAGUCGGUGCAGCUUCAUCAGAACGAGGCUGGUCGUCAGCUAGGCUCCAAAUUAGAAUUUUCCUCGAAAAUGGCAGGAUUAGAACAAGACUUAACGUGUUCUAUGUGUUUUGAACUAUUUACUAAUCCAAAAGCGCUUCCAUGUCUACAUACUUUUUGCCAAGAUUGUUUACACCAAUAUAUAAUGAACAAGGAGGAUUGUGUUCGGCAAACAGGUCAUUUAACAUGUCCAAUUUGCCGUUCAUGUUGCAAACCCCCUGAACCAAUAGAUCCUGACCCUGGAAAAUGGGCCCAAUCGUUUUCUAGUAAUCAUCUUAUUACAAGCCUUUUAGACAGAUAUGCUGCUCAACGAAAUCAUCAGCCUGAAACUUCUGAUAAUCUCAAAGACGUUACUGAAGUGGUUUGUUCAUGCACUAAGAACCCAGCUGUUCGAUGGUGUGAACAAUGUUCCUAUCCUCUCUGCAAUGUUUGUGAAUCCGAACACGAUAAAUACCAUGUUAUUGUCGAUAUGACAUCUAAGCACGUAAACAGUACUUCAGGUGCUGAAUCAAAACUGGAAAAUUCAUGUCCUAAACAUCCAGAUAAAAAUCAAAAUUUGUACUGCUUGAAAUGUAGUGCAUUUUGCUGUGAUAGGUGUGCAUCUGUAGACCAUGAAUAUUGUGAAAAAGUUUAUCCCUUGAAAUUAGCUGUCGAAAACAAAUUGCAGUUGGGUCAAGUUUAUAACUCCAUCUUGAGUCUCCAAAAGGACAAUAUAAAUUAUCUACGAGAGCUUAUCACAAAGAAACUGGACAAGAACAAAAGCCAUGGGGACAAUCUUAAGCAAGGAAUUCAGUCAAUUCGGAUUCGUGUCAACAAGCUCCUUUUGGAGCAGGAAGAAAAACUUCUGGAUCAAGUACACACUAACUCCCUGAUUAAGAUAAAUUUAUUGAAAAAAAUACAAGAAGAUUGUGAUAAUAGUAUUGAAAUGUUAAAUACAAAGGUUGAGGUGAUAAAUAGUGCCUUAUCAGUGAAAAAUUCCCAAGAAAGGGAAUUCUUAAAGAUUUGGGAUGAUGUUUCAAGUUUUAUGACCAAAAACACCUCUCAGCAUAGAGAAAUAAAAACUAAGUUGGAAAAUAUUCAUAUUUCUGAUCUUCAUUUUGAACCAGGAGCUGCUGUGUGUGACAUUCUCCGCCACACUUCAAAUCUUGGUAAGCUUACUGAUUCCAUUCAGUCUGACAUUUUUACUCAUGAAGUAUUCUCUCCAACGAGAAAGCAUUCAAGCACGCGGCGAUUGUCUUUUAGGUACAGUACAAACCUUUUAAUGGAUUCUGAGCUUAGUGUUCAUCUGACUGGUAUAUGUGUAACUGCACAGGAUUCUGUUGUAGUCAGUGAUUACACAAACAGGAAGCUGAAAAUGAUUACUAAAGAUAACCAUUUAACUUGCUGUGAGCUGAUGUCUGGCCCCUACGGAAUCGAUUACAUAGCCAGUCUGUCCGAAGUAGUUGUUACGCUUCCAGAUAUUUUGAAAAUUGCAUUUGUUUCUGAAACAAUGAACCUUAAAAAACAACUAAGUGUUGCCAAGGCAUAUUGGGCAGUGGCCUAUGAUGAAUCUAAAAUGACUCUAGUAUGUUGUUCUUCAAAUCCACCUGCUAUAGAUAUUUUGUAUGAUGGAGUUCUGAUCAAAACAAUUGGGUUUGAAAAUGAACGCAGACCACUGUUUUGUGAACCUGAAUAUAUAACCGUCAGUUGUCAUCAAAAAUUUAUUGUUUCAGAUUGGAAAAAAAAAAGUUUAUUUUGUUGUGAUAAAUCUGGUAGGGUUUCUUCAGCCUUUAUUGGUGACUAUGGUGUCAACCAGUUACAGUGUCCUUUAGGUGUUACUCUAGAUGCAGAUGGUUUUAUCUAUUUAGCAGAUAAAGAUAGCAAUAGAAUUUAUAAAUUUACCCCAGAAAUGACAUUUGAUAGUAUUUAUCUUUCAGAUGAGGAUGAAAUUGAACAACCUGUUUCACUGGCUUUUAACUCUGUAGGUCAACUUUUUGUCAUUGAAAUUCCUGGUCUGUUGAAAUUUUAUGGCUAGAAUUUACACCCUUGCAAAUUAUUGGCUGAUCACUCAAAUCUUUUUGAUUGAUUACUUAAUAAUAUAUGAAAAUGAAUCAUUAAUUACCUGCAAUCCACUUAAAUUUUUUUUUUCCUAUUGGCAAGAAAAUUAGUUGUAUGUGCAUCAAAUGUCUCUCUCUAGUCAUUGUGGAACAUGUUCAAAUUUGAAACAUCAGUUGUUAUGAUAAACAUAUCCUAGUCUUUUGUGGAUUAUUUCAUUAGCAGAACCAGUACAAAUUUGCAUAUUCUUUACCACUUCAUCAGUAGUUACCCAUCUGUUCAACAGAACCUUAUUAUGGACGCAUUCAAUAUGUUUAUGAUCAGUACAGGAUGUGGUUGGAAAACCGGUUCCUUGCUGGAUUACACAUAUGACCAUAUUUUAAUUUUCAAUCCAUUUGUAGAUGGUCCAUAGCAGUAAACACAGUUCCUGUAUUGAAAGCAUUUGGUGGAUUUUGACUCUUUAUGCACCUUCAUCUCACAGAAAACAGAUCACUGAAUACUGUUCUUUUGCAAACCAAACAGAAAGCAUAGUGGUUAUGAUUAAGGUCAUAAUGACUGAAGACCACAUCUAGUGAUGCCAUCAUUGUUUGAACAUCCACUUUUCCAUCCUUGCAUGUAUCAAACAAAAUCUGUUGAGGUGGACUGUCUGCAGUCAGAUGCCUUCACCUGUUUCCAAGUAAGGUAAUAUUUCCUUAUGGCAAGGCAUGUUUUCACAAAAGAUUAGAGGCAAGUGGCAUUGCUUGCAUAAUGGUGAUCUUGUUUACAACUAUGACAUCAUGUCAAGACAAGGAGACAUACAUACAUACACACACACAUGAUGGGGUUUCUUUCAGUUUCUGUUUACCAGAGCCAUUAAUGAGGCUUUGGCCAGCCUACAUAGCUCUAGCAGAAGAUACUUGCCCAAGGUGUUACAUUAUGAAAUGGAACCUGAAACCACAGGGUUGGGACCUCUUAACAACACAACCAUGAUGUGUGUCUAACUAAUUCUCCUCCAUCCCUUCCUCCAAAAAGGGAAAAACUUGUAAGUGUAUUGUGGUUAAUUCAUGAUUCACUCCUGCAUGUCUAUAGACUUUUAACUUAUUCCUUUUAAAAUUUUUUGCUGUUUAUUAAAAUGUCUGCCCUUUCCUUAUACAUUCUUUUACAUACAUGAAUUCAUAAACAUGUUCACAUAUAUACAUAUGCAAUCUGUAUUGGUGAAUAUUCAGACAGAUGCAUGCGUACAAUUCAUUAGCCAGUGAUCUAUUUUCUUUCCUCUGUAAAAUUAUCAGAAAUAUGAGAUUAAAUUUUUUUUUCUUUCAUGAAUAAGGAAACAAUUUUACCAGAUAACAUUGUCAAGAUACCCAUUGCUACUUUUGAAAGCAUUUUCUUAGUUAUGUGUUUAGAAAUCUUAGAUAUUUUAUGAUCUCUGUAUUGUAUCCAGAUUUAAGACUAUUUUGUCAAUGGAGAAGGGAAGGGCAAGAGGAUAAAUAUCUUAAAUGGCUCCCUGUUUGUGAAAUAAAUAAAUGACCUGUUCGUGCCCAAUAAAUUCCUAGUAGUGUAGUAGUAUGACUGGAUUUUCAAUUUUGAGGAAUUCCUUCAUUUUUAUGUCCAUUUUUUUCCUGCUGUGAAGGAUUAGAUUUAUAUAUAAUAGUGAGGCAUUGUUUUACAGCUGAAUGCCUUUUGUAUCACUAACCCUUACAUGUUUUGUGAGAAAGGGGUCUCUUGUCUUCAAAAGUGCAGAGUGAGUGAAUAAUUUGUGGACAAGGAAAUAACAUUGUUUGUAGCUCGGCAAAAUUUUCAGAGAAGCACAAAUGUAAGCAUUCACACACACAUAUGCACACAUAUAUGCAUAAAUAUAUAUAUAUAUGUAUGUAUAUAGAAUGGGCUUUGUACAGUUCUGUCUCCCAAAUUCAUUCACAAGGCAUUAGUCAGCCUACUACUGUGGUAAAAGACACCUUUCCAAGCUGUCAUACUGUGUGACUGAACUCAAAAUCAUGUCUGCAAAGUUAACUUUUUAACCACACAGUCAUAUUGAAAAUAAGAUUUCAGUUUUAAAAUCUGAAUUGCUUUUAAGUAGUUUCUUGAAAUCUGUUUGUGAAUUAUGUUUGUUUCCAUUUUUUUAUGUUCCAACAUCGUGCUCAUAAAUCUAACCAUCAUUGUGCAAUCUAUUGGCACAGUCCAUAUUUAACCUCUUACAUACAAUUUGUGUAGUUAACAUUUUGUGCCUUAUUUUAUAUUUAUAAGAAAUAUAUAGUGAAUAAAUAAACAGUUACUGUAUGUAAUUCCUUAGUAAGAUGGUGCAAUCUCAGACAUGAAUAUUGUGUCCUUCCUCCAAGCUGGGCACAUUAGCAUUGUAUCUACCAGUUUACAUGAGAAAAUUACUGCUGUUUCUUCUUUAAAGAAUAGUUUCAGGGAAAACAUUUAGAUGUAAAAACAUUUGUCCUAUUUUAUGAAAAUAUGCAUGUUUAGAACCAUUGAGAAUUUGUGUCGUUUUUAUGAAAGAGACAGUAUUUAAUAUGCAUUAAUUCAUAUAAAUAUUUUCAUGAUUUCAACAGAUUUGAACUGAAUCCAUUUUACGUCCAUCAAUACUUGAUACUCACAGUCAAACAGCUGCUUCCUUAGCUGUACAGCAUGUUUAGUUGUGUUCUUCUACACUAUUAUUUAACCUCUUUCAGUCAUUGCACUGCCUUCAAGGGUCCAUUUGAUCAAAUCAACCCCAGUAUUUUAAAGUCUACUGCUUAUUCUAUCAGUCUCUUUUUGCUGAUACACUAAGUUAUGUGGACAUGAACAAAUCAAUACUGAUUGUAAAGUACUGAGACAAACUCAAAGACCCGCACAUCUAUGCGCACACAUAUUUGUGUAUACUUACACACACAAACACAGAAUGGGUUUCUAUCCAUUUUCCUUCUACCAGAUUCACUUUCGAGGUAUUAUUUGGUGCAAGGCUCUAGUGGAAGGUACUUGUUCAAGGUGUCAUGCAGUGGGACCAAAUCUGAAACCAUCUGGUCGCAAAAUGAACUUCUUAACCAUACAACCAUGCCUAUUCUCUUGAUAUUUUUCAGCAGAUAUUUUUAAAGAUAUACAAAUGCAGAAGACUGUGCAAUUAACUUUUAAUACUAUGUAUUUUUUAUUAUUUUUCUUAUAAUUUUGGAGAAAUCUUUUAAUUUCUACUGCUUAGACUAUUGUAAAUUUUAAAGCAGUGUUCCUCUUACAAUUUGCCAUUACAUCUAGUUACCAAAGCUCUUAUAUUCAUUCAUUGCCUCCAUUUCUUUGAAAGUCUAUCUUCUGCUUUCUCUUAAGCUUGCAUGGGUCUAACUGAUUUGUAAAGCUGGACUUCGCAUUUGUUCUUAUGAGCAAAUGCUUUAUAGCUAGAAUCUCUUAACAUCGAACCCCUUUAACAAUUAUCUACUGGUACCUAUCUUCCACAAGAAAAGAAAUAAUUAAAAGCAAUAUGUAGUUUUUACAUUUUCCCAAUGUAUGUAUGCAUAGAAAAAUUAUUCUAUUGUUUUACAGUUACAACCACUCUUUAUAUAUAUAGUGAAUUGAAUAUUUAUUCCUUGCAUAUGAGUUUAAUUUUAAAACCUUAUUUUAAAUGGUCACAAUUUAAGAUUUGAUCUCUCUACAUAGAUAGUAAAUGUGGACAUUGUACAUAUAGCAUAUUAACAAAAAGUAUUUGCUCUUUACUCUUCCUUGUCUAUAACAUAUAUUGUCCAGCCCAUAAUAAUGGAAAAGUAGACAUACGAGUUCUUAUCCAGUGUCCACACACAUUGUUUUGAAUUAUUUAAACUUUGCUCAAGAUACUGAAAAGUUUUUAAACUCCCGCUAAACACUAAUGGAUGUGACGACCUUCAACCCAAAACAGUAAUGGCAGCCUAAAACUAUUUUGUUAAAUAGCUUUACAAUAUCGACCCUUUUGCUAUAAAAAUAUGGGCUGGGAAUAUUUGCAAAUUAUCUGGUAAUUUUUUUUUCCAAUUUUCAAAAUAUCGGUGUUCAGUAUGAAAAAUGUCACCCUUGCAAUCUUAUACUAUUACUUCCAUCCAUUUUUAUUUUUAUUCCAUUUGCAAAUUAUACAUUCCAUUCCUCUUCUCUUCCAUACCUUCUGUCUUUCACUGAAAACUGCUUCUACAAAUCUUCUGAAAAAACUCUGAAAGGAGCAAGUUUAUCUUAAUUAAAAUGUGGCUGAAAUUGAUUUGUUGGUUUCAGUUUAUAUGAUCACUCGAACAUCCUUGCUCUGAAAUAACUUAUGGUAUAAAAAAAAAAUAAAAUAAAAUGAAUGAUUAAACUAUAUUCAAAAUUAUAAACAAAAUAAUACAAGGUUCCCAGUGAUUUUUAGUAUUAAUAAUACAUGCCUCAUACAUUUUCAUGUCUAUAUUUUCAUUUAUUAAGUUAUCUUAAUGUUUGAAAUUACAAAUAUACACUUCUAUAGGUUUAUACAUAUACAUACAUAUAUAUAUAUAUAUAUAUAUAUAUAUUAUAUAUAUAUAUAUAUAUAUAUAAUUCCUGAAUACCUUUUAUCCAUUCAAAAUUAGGAUGCAUAGUUUAUGGCAUUGAUUGAAAUCAUAUUGUCUGUAGUCUUGUACUUCAACAAACAUGUUUCUCUUUGUACAUAGAAUACAUUCAAACCUAUUCUUAAUGAAGCUUAUUUAUUUUCCAUAAAGUAACCAUUCUCUCUGCACACUUCAAACUCUGAAUCAUCUCAUUAUAUCUUGUCAGAAACUAGAUAUCAUUCCAUACUUGGUAGAAUUACAAGUUUGUAAUUUUUUUAGAAAUAAUUUUGAUAUUGACAGAAUCCAGUCAGUAUAAUGGUUUAUUACAAAUCCAUAAUUUUUUUAAAAUGUUUAACUUUAACAUUUGCAUUUUUAAUGUAGAAUGAAUAUUGCCUAUUAUCAACAAAAUGCAAUGGAAAACUAUUCCCUCCACAAUCAUAAAUAAAUUCUUUCAAGAAAGAAUGAAAAAAAAAAAAGUUAUAACUGAUUCUUAGUCUUUUCACUGAAUAAUAUAUUUUUGUCUAAGAAUUUAAAUUGUAAUAUUUCUUCAUUGUACAACUCAUCAAUCAAUAGUCAAAAAAAAAAAACCCACAUAGUUUAUCUACUUUCAAUGACUUUUAUUUUUGGAGCUUAUGUUAACAUUUACUUGGAUAGUUGUUUUUUCAUCCUCCCCUCCUAAUUUUCAAUCUGCAUAAUUUCUCUUUAAUGCUAAAUUGUAGUUGCUCAUUGUUUCACCCAUUCUCUUUAUGCUCUAAACAUUUUUAAAAAUUAAUUUUAACAAUGUAAAAUUAUGUCAAACUAACUAAAUCUUACUGGAUUUAUAUGAAUAUCUAUAUGAGUGUAUUAGUUUAGUAUUAGUUCUGUGUUAAAGUUGUUGUCCAAAUAAUUUGACUGUUUGCAUCUAGUCCCUGCUAGUUAUGUCAACAAAAAUGGCCAUCAAGAUAGGCAGCUUGCUGGCAGAAAACUCAAACUGUUUUGAUAAGAGCUACAGUAAUACCUGCUCAAUUUGCAUGUCUUUGUUUUGUGGAGGUAAUUUUGGUUCAAAAGAUACAAUUAAACAUUAAUAAUAAUAAAAUUAUGAAAUUCUGCCCAGCAUGACUAGAUGUAAAUUGAGAAGAAUCUGGAAUGAACUAGUAGAGUCUGCUGUAUUUUCAUGUUUUGACAUCCAGUGUAGCAUAGUCAUUUGUAUAUCUUCAUCUCACAGUUGGUCUGAAAACAAAAUGAUUAUAUUUUCAACUCCACUAAAUUAUUACAAAAAACAAUUUUAUUACUUGUCAUUAAUUGUAAUUGUCAUUAUAACAGUAAUUUAUGUCAUGUUCUGUAUUUUUUGUUGUUUUUUUUUCUUAAUAAGAAUGUUUAUAUUUGUCAAAUUUCCUAAUUUGUUCAUGUCAUAUGUAAACAGAUUUAUCUUGGUGAAGAUACAUAAUGAUUUUUUUCCUUUUCACUUCUUCCUAUGAAGAGAUUAUAUAAAGUUAUAAUAAAUAACCAACAUUUCCAUA